AUGAGCAUCACGGAUGUGCUCAGUGCUGAUGACAUCGCGGCGGCCCUGCAGGAAUGCCAAGACCCAGACACUUUCGAACCACAGAAGUUCUUCCAGACAUCAGGCCUCUCUAAGAUGUCUGCCAGCCAAGUGAAGGAUGUCUUCCGGUUCAUAGACAAUGACCAGAGUGGAUACUUGGACGAAGAUGAACUCAAGUUUUUCCUCCAGAAGUUCCAGAGCGAUGCCAGAGAGCUGACUGAGUCAGAGACCAAGUCCUUGAUGGCCGCGGCGGACAACGACGGAGACGGGAAGAUUGGGGCCGACGAAUUCCAGGAAAUGGUGCAUUCUUAAAGCCCAAGUCUGUGGAAGAAAGAGUGGAAGGGGCAUUCUGCCAGAAGAUCUCCAAAGCCCCAGGACCAGGAAGCUCCCCAACCGAUCCUGAACUAAGUUCCUGAGUCCCCCUCCCCGAAGCGCUUCUGCAAUGUGCUCCUUGCUUGAGGAAAUGCAAUGGUCUGUGGCUCUUUGUUCUUUGGUGGUGGUGGGUAGGUCCCGAUGACUUCUGUAAGCUCCCCUGGCAGGCAAUGCCUUUCAAAAAAAUCACCCAAUAAAAUCAGUUCUCAUCAUU